AUGUCACACCAAACUGGAAUUAACGCAACAUCUGAGCUCAAAGAGUUUCUGGCCCGAGCAAGGGGAGGUGACAUCCGAAUAAUGAAGAUUGUCAUCAUAAAUGAGGAGCUGGUGCUAGAUUCAUACAGGGAGCCAGCACAGAGCUGGGACAGGGAUUAUGACCAGUUCCUGCUUCCUCUGCUCACACCUCAGGAGCCGUGCUACAUCCUCUACCGCCUGGACUCCCAGAAUGCACAGGGAUAUGAGUGGAUCUUCAUUGCCUGGUCACCUGACCAGUCACCAGUGAGGCAGAAGAUGGUGUACGCAGCGACUCGUGCCACGCUGAAGAAAGAGUUUGGAGGAGGUCACAUCAAAGAUGAACUAUUUGGCACAGUGGAGGACGACCUGUGCUUCCAGGGAUACCUGAGACACAUGUCCUCCUGCUCAUCUCCGGCUCCACUCACAGCAGCUGAGCAAGAACUACAACGAAUUAAAGUCUCAGAGGUAAAACAUCUGCAGGUUACAAUGGAGUUUGGCUUAGACAAAAGGGCACAGACUCUUCAGGGUCUUGCAUUCCCUAUACAAGAAGAGGCCAAACGAGCUCUGCAGCAACUCAAGCACAAACGUAUAAACUACAUACAGCUGAGGCUGGAUGUAGAGAAAGAGACCAUUGAGCUGGUUCACACCAAACCUACAGAAACCCAUGAGCUUCCCUACAGGAUUCCCACAGACUCACCCAGAUACCACUUCUUCAUCUUCAAACAUUCCCACCAGGGCCAGCUGCAGGAGGCGCUCGUUUUCAUAUAUUCGAUGCCGGGUUACACCUGUAGUAUCAAGGAGCGGAUGUUGUAUUCCAGCUGUAAGAACAGACUACUGGAGGAGGUGGAGAGAGACUACCAGCUGGAGGUCACCAAAAAGAUGGAGAUAGAUAAUGGUGACGGCCUGACAGAAGAUUUCUUGUAUGAGGAGGUCCAUCCAAUGGAGCACACCUUAAAGCAGGCCUUUGCCAAGCCCCGCGGACCAGGAGGGAAGAGGGGCAACAAACGCCUCAUCAAGGGUGCUGGGGAGAACGGGGAAGAAAAUUAG